AUGGACCUCAAAGCGUUGCUCCGCAGAGCCCACAUGUUCUCUUUGGAGGACUUCAAGACGCUGUGGGCCUCUGUGAGGGAGCUAGUGGUUAUAGAGACCCUUGAUGAUAAGGGUAAACCACAGGGAGAAGCCCUUGUCCGAAUGGACCAGCUUUACCAAGCUGACGCAGACGGUGCCUUUGCUAAGGUAAGCUAUGUGGCCUGCAGUGAUGAGUACUACCAGUGGUGGGUGGACCACGAUAUGGGCACCAAUACCUUCCACCAUUUUUGCAGGCAUGACACGCUCAAGGGCUGCAUGGCCAAGACAGGGCGUGAAGGGAUUGUCCAUGUGCUUCAGUGGACUCCCGUCACUCGGCCUGAAGCUGAGACCGUUCUGCGCGAGUGGGACUACUCACCCAGCUUGCUCGGGAGGACCCCGAGGUCGUUGCCUGCGCCGCUUCCUGAUCGAAGAGUUGUGAGUGAGUCGGCUUCCAAGUCAUUGCCCUUGAGACCGCCACCAGGGCUGGAGAAAGCGAGAACUCCGGCUCUCAGGAAUCUGGAAACUCGACCGGGGCCUGAUCAAGAUGAAGAACAUGAGGAGGAAGAGGAAGCACAUGACCUACGAGUGAAGAAGAGUGGUAGGGCCAGGCCUGUUUCGCCACCACCGCCUCCUCCAAGGAAGCAACGCCCUCAGGAUUCAGGAGGAGCUGCACUUGACAAGAUGUUGGAUGAAGAUCCUCAUGAUGCUGACAGUGACAAGUUGCGUGGGGAUGCCCAUGAACGCCUGGCCACACUGCGGGAGGACCUGCAGAGGCGCAAAGCGGCUAGAGGCAAGUCUGACCCAGGAGCCGUGCUUGCAACUCGUGCAGCUGCAGUGGCCGAGACCGCUGGGAAGAAAAGGAAGUCAUCUCAGGGCGACAAGAUGAUCUCUGCACUCACCAAGGCCCUCAGGAAGAAGACCGUGAAGGAGGAGAUUGAUUAUGGUGAUGAGGCUCGCCACUCAGGUUCUUCCGAUGGAUCAGAUUCUGAGGAAGAUGAGAAACGCCUCCUAGGUGGUAGCCUAGGAUCAGGCUCGGCCGUGGCCAAGCAACGUAAACUAAGGCAGCUGAGUGAGAAGAAACCAGGACGGCUUCUACAGACAGGGUACGCAUCGAUGCAUGAGCAGGUGGGCACGUACUUUGGCAACGAUGAGGCCAACAAGGAUGUGCUCACCCCGGUGGCGCUCAGGUAUCUCCUGAGUUAUGCCUUGCCGCAGUUCCGCAAUGGAGUCAGCCACGACAAGUACCGGGAACUCAGAACUCUUGCGACAUGCCUGGAUCACCUCGUGGCUGGUCAAACAGGACAGGCGGGAGAUUUCCUCUUGCAGAGAUACAAGGCACUGUUGAUGACUCAACGAGAUGGGAGCGAUGCUGCAAGCAGGUUCAUCGAGCUCUUGCCGGAAGAAGACAUGCCCACUAUGGCCAGCUCUAGUGAGUCCUACUUGGCGAGGAGCCUCGCGGUGCACCAGGCGAAGUCGGAUGAGUUGUUGAGGAGGGGGGGGGAAGAGCAGGGCAACUUCCUCCCCUCAACUCCACCUGCAGUCAACCGAGAAACAAUCCCUGACAGUGAAAAGGAGCCCAACUCCGAUGAGAGAAAAAAGUGGCAGCCGAAGCCCACGUCGAGAUGUACGAGAUGGGAGCCUGACCAGACCAGACGUGAGGGAUCGAAGGGUCUCCUUCGAAGACGAGAGGGGGAGACCCCUGGCCCAUCAGAUCCCGGCGGCCUCAACUGGGAGAUUCAAAGCACUGAGAAAUUCAGUCCCGCGCCGGGAUGGGGAAAGUCGGAGCCACUGGAAAAGCAGAAUGAUGACACAGCUGGCACAGGAGGGGCCAGCCAAGGAAAGGUAGAUGUUUUUCUCUCGCAGUCAGCUUCAAUGUUGGCUGCAGAGGUCAACGAGGGUUGGCCUACCGUUUGCCCAGUGCUUGCUGGGGCCCCGGUGCCUGUAAGUCCACGUGAGUGGGAGAAGGGUCAUGGCAGAGGCCGUGUGGCCAGCUCUUGCUCGGUGCAUGCCGAACGUACAGGUGGUAAGGCAGAUGUUGUGGCCCAGGAGAAGCCUCUUUCGCCGGUCACCCAUGCACUUCCCUUGCGCCUGGAGGAGUUGCAGCCAGGGCUUCCUGAUGCAGCUGUUGGUGGCAGCCUGGAUGCUUUCAGGACGGCUGACAAUGAGGUGCAGGCGUGGCUGGGGAACCCAGAAAAAACCCUUAAACCACGUGAGAUGUGGCCAUCAAAGGUCCCAACUGCGAAGAUAAAUGCAACCAAAUCUGAGUGGUAUCGCGUUGUGAAAGAACUGCAUCAGCGGAAUAUCCUGGCAGUGAUCCCGAAGGAGGAGAUGUUUUCAGUGGAUGGUGUCAUGGUUUUGAACGGACCACUGUCUCCUCUGGUCAUCCGACGAUCAGAAGGGAGCCUUCUACGCUUGGAAGUUGCCUCCAGCUUGGCGUGGCCUGAUGACGUUCAGGUGGCCGGUGCCAGGGAGCAGGGUUCCAGGAAUGGCAGGAGUGGCGACGUGACAGGGCCGUGCCCCAAGACUCACAGCACCAGGUCACUCACUGGAUUCAGUAAUUAUCUUGAUGAUUUCGAUGCCCCUGAAAUUGUUCACACUGCUGACAUUGCCUCCUUGCAAGGGACUGUUUCCGAGUUGCAGCGCCGACAGAGGGCGGCUUAUGAUGUCAAUGGGGUGGCCAUUUCCCUGAAGAAAUCUCAAAGCAGGGAAACAAAAGUCGUGCGUAUGGGGGCUGAGAUUGAUGGAGUGAAAGGUCUGCUGUCUGCUCCCUUGACAAAAAGACGAGAGGUAAUCGGGUUUGCUUUGUGGCUCUUUGGACAGCGUUUGCCCCUGGCGAAGGGCGCUCUGAUGGUGUUGGGCAGAAUGGUGCGCUGCUUUGAGUUCAGGCGCCCCCUCAUGAGUGCCCUGAGGGACUGCUGGCCGACUGUGCCGCCACAUGUUAGGAUGCCGCUAAAGAGGGAGACGAUCCGUUCUUUGAUCAGAGGCUGCAUCCUUAUGCCCAUGGCAGUUGCCAACUUGAGGUCUCAGGUAGAUGGGCUGGUGAGCGCCAGCGAUGCAUCAGAAACAGGAGGUGGUUUGUGUGUUUCUCAUGAGUUAACCGAUGAAGGACGUGCCACCUUAGAGACCCUCCAGAGUGGCGCGUACGCUGAGUCAAGGAUGAGCCCUUUCCACGCGGCAGGUGAGAUGCCUGUAAAGGACCCAAAAGGUCCGAAAGUGUUUGUGCUUUCGCUUUUUGAUGGAGUGGCAGCAGUCAUGUGCGCUUUGACAAGGCUUCCUUGCCAGGUCGUGGGCUUUGCCGCGUCUGAAAUUGACCGUGAAUGCAAGCGGCUAGUGAGAAAACGCUGGCCUGGCGUUAUCGAACUUGGCAAGGUUGAGGACAUCACGGACACGGUGAUCACGUCCUUGGUGAACUCGCUGGGUUUUAAGAUUGAUAUCUUGCUCAUCUCUGCGGGGAGUCCCUGUCAAGAUCUCACAGCGUUGCUAGCUAACCGAAAGGGCCUGGAGGGGAACAGAUCGAAGCUGUUCUUUCAUAUCCCACGCAUCCAUGGACUCUGCAAACGCCGUUUUACGGGCCGCACAGCCCUGCUGGUGGAGAAUGUGUACUCGAUGACAGCGGAGGCACGAGAUCAGUUUACGGAAGUUUUGGGAGUGAGACCCAUCCUGAUAUUGGCAAGCGAUUUCUCUUGGGUAAAAAGACCACGUUUGUAUUGGGUUGACUGGGACAUUGACCCUCAGGCAGAUGAGAAGCUGAUUGACGAAGGAACUUUCCUGCGCUGGAAGUUUCCAGAUGUUAGGCAGGAGCAUGGCCACUGGGUUGACCCAGGUUGGGAGCAUCUUGGGCAGGAGUGCCUCCCCACCUUCACUAGAGCGCUGCCACGUGCAACAGCGCCGUUGCAGCCAGCGGGCAUCGCCACCGCGAGUCAUGAAGCUUGA